AAACAACCUCAUCAUCUGUUCACACUCUCUCAAGAGUUUAAAGACAAGUUAGAGAAGUGAUUAACUUUAGGGAGAUGGUGAGAGACACUCUGCUUUUGUUGUGUCUGCUAGUUUCCACUUUUCUCUUCACUUCUUCAUCUGCCCAAUCUCCAGGUUUUGUGAGUUUGGAUUGUGGAGGAGAAGAGCCAUUCACUGAUGAACUUGGACUUAAAUGGUCACCAGAUAAUCACCUUCUCUUUGGAGCAACAGCUACUAUCUCUUCCCCUAACCAAACCAAAACACAGUACACAACCUUAAGACACUUCCCUGCUGAUCAAAGAAAAUACUGUUACACACUCAAUGUCACAAGCAGGAACCGUUAUCUCAUAAGAGCCACUUUCCUUUACGGUAAUUUUGAUAGUAACAAUGUGUAUCCCAAGUUUGAUAUCUCCCUAGGGGCCACUCCUUGGACUACCAUUGCCAUCUCCGAUGCUGCUGUUAUUGAAAAGGCAGAGCUGGUGUUUCUGGCUACAAGUCCUAGUGUUAGUGUUUGUUUGUCCAAUGCCACAACGGGGCAGCCGUUUAUAUCUACACUUGAGCUUAGACAGUUGAGUGGUUCAAUGUAUCUGACUGAGUAUGAAGACAGGUUUCAUCUGAGUGUGGCUGCAAGGAUAAACUUCGGUGCAGAAACUGAAGAUCCUGUGAGGUAUCCGGAUGAUCCGUACGACAGAAUAUGGGAGUCUGAUUUGUUGAAAAAAGCUAACUAUCUUGUGGAUGUUGCUGCUGGGACUGUGCGAGUGUCUACCACAUUGCCAAUAGAAACAGCUGGCAAUGACAAACCGCCAGAGAAGGUAAUGCAGACAGCUGUGGUGGGAACAAACGGGUCAUUAACUUACAGGAUGAACCUCGAGGGCUUCCCUGGUUUUGGUUGGGCGUUCACAUACUUUGCUGAGAUUGAGGAUUUGGCUGAAGACGAGUCAAGGAAGUUCAGAUUAGUUCUACCUGACCAGCCUGACUAUAGCAAAGCUAUUGUUAACAUCAAGGAGAAUACUCAGAGACCCUACAAGGUUUAUGAGCCUGGAUACUAUAACAUAACCCUUCCUUAUGUUCUGAACUUUCGUUUCGCCAAAACGGCUGAUUCUUCUAGAGGACCUAUUUUGAAUGCUAUGGAGAUUAGUAAAUAUAUUCAGAAGAGUGAUGGUUCAGUAGAUGCAACUGUUAUGGCUAAUGUGGCAUCUCUAUAUCCUUCAACUGAAUGGGGUCAAGAAGGUGGUGACCCAUGUUCCCCUUCACCGUGGUCGUGGGUGGUUUGCAGUUCAGAACCACAACCAAGAGUUGUUGCUGUAAAGCUGUCGAAUAAGAACAUGACAGGAGAUAUACCUUCUGACUUGACAAAGUUAACUGGCUUGGUUGAGAUAUGGCUUGAUGGGAACUCUCUAACGGGUCAAAUACCUGAUUUCUCUAGGUGCACAAGCCUCAAGAUAAUACACCUCGAGAACAACAGACUAACCGGAAAUAUCCCAUCGUCGCUGUCAAAACUCGCAAAUCUGACGGAACUGUACCUACAGAAUAAUAAGUUAAAAGGAAAAAUACCAUCAGGCUUCAAAGACGUGGUCUCGAACUUCACUGGUAACAUAAACCUUAAAGAAGGUGGAGGAGAUACAGGGAAGAAGCUAGGUAUCAUCAUUGGUACAUCAGCUGGUGCUACUUUAUUUCUUAUUGGUUCUAUCUUUUGUUGCAUCUGGAUGUGCAAAUCGAACCAGAAUAACAAGAGGAAGAAAACUUCAGCGGAGUUAACGAACCUUCCGUUGCAUGUUCAAAGAGCAUCAUCAACCCUGAGUGAUGCACAUGGAGACGCUGCACAGUGCUUCACACUAUAUGAGAUAGAGGAAGCCACAAAAAAGUUUGAGAAGAGGAUUGGUUCAGGAGGUUUUGGGAUUGUAUACUAUGGGAAAACAAAAGAGGGGAAAGAGAUUGCUGUGAAAGUUCUUGGGAAUAACUCUUACCAGGGAAAAAGAGAGUUCGCAAACGAGGUUACAUUACUGUCAAGGAUACAUCAUAGAAACCUUGUGCAGUUUCUUGGUUAUUGCCAAGAAGAGGGAAGAAACAUGCUUGUGUAUGAGUUCAUGCACAACGGAACUUUGAAGGAGCAUCUCUACGGUAACAGAAUCAGUUGGAUUAAACGGCUUGAGAUAGCUGAAGAUGCAGCCAGAGGGAUUGAGUAUCUACACACAGGGUGUGUUCCAGCGAUCAUACACAGAGAUCUCAAGACAAGUAACAUCUUACUCGAUAAACACAUGAGGGCAAAGGUUUCAGACUUCGGUUUGUCCAAGUUCGCAGUUGAUGGAAACUCACAUGUCUCCAGCAUUGUCCGUGGCACUGUUGGUUACCUAGACCCCGAGUACUAUACAUCACAACAGUUAACGGAGAAGAGUGACGUAUACAGCUUUGGAGUCAUUCUUCUUGAGCUUAUAUCAGGCCAAGAAGCCAUAUCUAAUGAAAACUUCGGUGCCAACUGCAGAAACAUAGUCCAAUGGGCGAAGAUGCAUAUAGACAACGGAGACAUCAAAGGGAUCAUUGAUCCAGCACUAGCCGAAGACGACUACAGUCUCCAGUCAAUGUGGAAGAUAGCAGAGAAGGCGUUGUUAUGUGUGAGACCUCACGGCAACAUGAGACCGUCCAUGUCAGAGGUGCAGAAAGAUAUUCAAGAUGCUAUAAGGAUUGAGAAGGAAGCGUUGGUAGCGAGGGGAGGAGGCUUCUCAGAUGAGUUUUCUAGAAGCUCUGCGCAUUCGUCGUCUCUCAACAUGGGAAUGCAUGACUUGGCUAGUUCUCAGAACUUUGUCUCCAUUGAUGAGUCUGUCUUGCAGCCAACAGCUCGGUAG